AUGACAAUGGAUAGUUCCGUGUCUGAAUUUGCGAGCGCCAGUACAUGUCCAGGCUUGAAUGGACAGCAUACACGACUCGAGAAGAAUCAACAACCAAAGCUUACCGGUGAGGAGCAAAACCAGCGGGAAGAGCAGAACAAUGUGCAUGCAACUACACAAGACCUUUUUGCGCAAAUACUCGACACCGUACGAUGCGAAGCCGCAAGAAGUGCCAAGUUACAAGUAGAGAUCCGGGACGAGAUAACUGGCAUUCAAGAAGAAACAGCAGGCAACUCCGCAGAACUACUUGUCGUGAAGCAAGUACUAAACGAAAUACGACAAUCAUUGAGCGCUCAUGUUCGAGCCUCCGACAAUGACUACUCCUCGCUCGCCGGACAAGCAAAGGCAGUUGAGAGUCGAAUACUAUCAUUACAGUCUUCUGUCGAAUCGCAACGGACACUCAUAGAAAGUUAUCAUAGUAAACUUACUCUAUCGCCGGAAAACAACGACACUCUACCAAGCAAGAUCUGUGACCUUCUUGGUGUCGAAGAUCUUGGGAAGCAAACCAAUACUAAAGAUUCUUCUGGGUCGACACGCAAUCUUCACGAAAUAGACAACUUUGUUGAUCAACAAGAAGGAACUGCAAAUCAUUCAGUGACAAGUUCCCGCUUUGCAAUUUCUCAACCCGAAUUCGCUAGUUGUCAUGCCGUCAGUAUGUUGCCUGACCCUCCUUCAACGCCGGAUACUGCGGUCCCUAGCUUGUCUAAAGAACAAACCUCUGCAUCGAAUCGAAGGAAUGGGGUCGGACGUGAUCCAUCACCAAUACUCGGGGACGUGGAACACUGUGACAAAAGAACAAUCAACUACAACAAAAGAUUUAGAUCCAGUCAUAUCAUAACACCCCCUUCUAGGAGGCUUAGAAGUCACAGAGAUGCAUUCCCAAAGCGUAGAUUUGCCAAGAUCAUGGACAAUUCGAACGUUUCAGGCAUGGAAUCAAUUGCGCCAACACUGCCCUCUUCACAUACCAUUUUCGAUACCCCAGGCUACAAUGUUCAUAAUGAAUUCGAGGAGGAUUUUCAAGAAAUGGAGAAAGAUAAACAGGAAGAAAAAGAAAAUCUCAGAGUCCACCAUACCACUAUUCCACGCGACCUUUCAAGGAGGCCGAACAGCGAUCGACAUGAAGAUAUUCCUCGUGUUCACCAAAUGUCGUCUAUCCAAGGAACAAAUCGUUCUGAGCAAAAUUCAGAUUCAACCCAUACAUUCGGGAAAGACUUUACACUGCCAAAAUAUCCGAUAAUCGAGACGAAAGCUGCUACGCCGAAACAACACCCCCUCGGCUGGAGCUACUACUCGAUAGGCUUCAGACCCGUCAUUCCUGCAUAUAACGCCGGGCAGCAAACCUCUGACUACGAAAAGCUCUGCCGCCCGGAGUUACGAGAAAGUCCUAUCCCACCAUCAGUCCAGAGAAAGAUACACGAAUUGGAUAUGAAGAAGCAUAGCGAUCAUCGAUUUGUUUCCAGGGCGAUGAAAACUUGUUGGAUGUCGCACAACUUUCCCGUUGCAGGGUUUGAAGGGGAGAAUGAGUAUAUUGGGGAGGAUGAGUGUAGGAUGUGUGAAUUUCGUAGGCAGGAGCUGGGUGAGGAAACUUUUUGUUUCCGUUUUACGGGGACGAAGAUGAUUUGGGGGUUUAAUAGAGGGGAUAUGAAGUAA